AUUUAAUGAGCAAUAAAGGCUCAGGCUUUGUUGUUAUAAUCACUUUGUUCGUUUCUCUUUUUUACUUCUGCGCUUUGAAUUUAGUAGUUCAAUCUCUUGGUGUUCCCAUGGAUUCUCCACAAUCUGUUGUCUCACCAUUUAAGAGCGCUGUUAUUGCUGAGCCUGAGAAGCAGAAAUCUGAAUUUUUUGCCCACACUGGCAGCGUAACAAAGGGAGGUCAAGCUCAAGCUCAAGCGAACAGGAAAGAAGUUGUUGUGUCUAACCUGGAGAACUUCAUUGGUGUGCUUGAAGUUUACAUACAUCAGGCUAGGGACAUCCAGAACAUCUGCAUUUACCACAAGCAAGAUGUUUAUGCUAAGCUUUGUCUCACUAGUGAUCCUGAGAGCACAGUCUCCACCAAAAUCAUCAACGGUGGGGGGAGGAAUCCAGUAUUCAAGGAAAAUCUUCGACUUAAUGUUAAAACUGUUGAUUCCUCCCUGAAAUGUGAGAUAUUUAUGAUGAGCAGGGUGAAGAAUUAUCUGGAAGACCAAUUACUGGGAUUUGCUUUGGUGCCUUUGUCUGAAGUAGUCGUCGAGAAUGGGAAGUUGGAGAAAGAGUUUUCACUUUCUUCAACUGAUCUCUUUCAUUCUCCAGCAGGAUUUGUUCAGUUGUCUCUUUCAUAUGCCGGGACAUCACCUGAAGUAAUGGCUAUUCCUGCAAUGCCUAAGCCUUUGGCAGCAGAUGAAACCUCAGAAAUGUCUGAGUCUCUGGAUAAGAUUGAGUUCCCAGAUCCGAAGAUUGUGAAUGAGAACCAGAUGAUGGUUUCUGAGUAUUUUGGGAUCCCAUGUGAAAGCUCCGAAAGGACAGUCAUCUCUCAACAUUGA